UCCUUCCUCUUCUCUGGUUAUUGCUUUACCCUAACUUCAUUUUCCCCUAUCCGGUUUCUCUCCUUCCCCCCCUCUAGUUCUUCACUGGGUGCGAAAUUCAAACCCACAACAGCACACACCGCACUGCUGUUCCCCCACCGCCUCAUCGCCGCUGCUCUUCCCCCACCGUCGCGUCGCGCUGCUCUUCCCCCACCCCGCCGCCGUUGCUGUUCCUCCACCUCAGCUCCGCGACUCUCCUCUUUAUCUAGGACACCCCGUACAUCAAUAGUUAGCUUUCUUCAAUUCGUUUAAAGAAUAACAUCGGGGGUGGGAGAUACACUAAGAAUAAGGAAGCUUCAGAAGCAGAGAGAAAUUCAGCUUGCAAAUUUGAGGAGCUCAGGAACAAUACUGCUUCCACUAUGAAACCUAAUGAUUCUCUUCUUCAAUUCGGUUCCAGUAAUGCCUAGAUGCUAGAGGCUGCAUUAAAGAAAGAAAUUGCAGGUCUUGUUACAAGGGAGGAAUAUGUUGAGAAGGUCAAAAGUUAAGAAGAAAAUUAUGGAGGGAGUGAAAAAUGAACUGCAGAAGCUACAGGAAGAGGAAGCAAAGAUUCAGUUAGAAAAUUGUUCAAAGAGGAAGAGUAAAGUGAAUGCUCGAUUAUCGUUUGCUGAUGAUAUAACAAUGGAACUGAAGAAGAAGAUGAAAGCAGUGCACAAAGGUGACAUUUCUACGAGCUGUUCAGCAACAGCUUGCUCUAGAAUUCCGGGAAGCCUGGAUUGCUUCUGUGGAAAAUCUACUAUAUUUAAAAGAGGAUCUAAUCAUUCCACAUAGACGCAGUUUCUGUGAGCUAAUCAUGAACAAGGCAAAAGGCAAAAGUGGACCAGUAUUCAACAAUCCGAGGGAGCAGUCUUUCACCACUGAGGAGAUAAAUGCAGUUUGAGAAAAGCUGGCAAACUUGAUUACCAUUUAUUGUCUUUUAUAUUUUCUUGUAGUGAAUCUUAGAUUAUGGAUGCUAGUUUUUUAUAUGAUUAUAAUGUAAUCGACUUUUAUAUUUACAAUUGUAUACUAUUUAGAUACUUUUUAUGCGAUGUAUGGAGAUCAACUAGUGGCGUAGUCCAAUUGUAUAAUAUAUGUAGUAGGGAAAUCGGUUAUAUAACAAAUCUAGAUCAAGUG